AUAUUAAUAUGCAUUAAUGAUAAAUACAUUGUUUAUCAUACAUUUUAUUAAGUACAGUUGGUUCAAUUAUCUUAUCUUUCAAUGAUACGUGAAUAAUGACAACAUGUGUGAAGUUAGCUACAUACUUAGCUUAAAAGUUAAUCACAUAGAAAAAAGGUAGAGGGUAAUCACAAUUAUUAUAAUUCAUAAUAUAAGACUGUUUACUAUUAAGGAGAUCGUUAUUUUCAUUCUGAAUAGCCCAUGUUUUUGAUAUUAUAAGGUAUCUGUAAAUGAUAUUUAAUGCCAUUUGUUAAUUGACGAGAAAAUUGGUGUACGUUUAUUACAGGUUAUAGAGUUGUACUAUGUGAUUCAUCGAACAGUGUGAAAUAACCUAUGAAUUUAUCACUGACCACGUAUUUGACGACACAACAAUUGAUCAACUGUCGCGUACGAUUUUUAACUAAUUCUUAGAUAUAACAUUAUCAAUUCAAGAUGAAGAAGAAGGUUCUAUUGAUGGGUAAGAGCGGUUCAGGAAAGACUAGUAUGCGCAGCAUAAUUUUUGCCAAUUAUAUUGCUCGUGAUACACGUCGUCUGGGAGCAACAAUUGAUGUAGAACAUAGUCAUGUUCGAUUCCUUGGUAAUUUGGUGUUAAAUCUUUGGGAUUGCGGUGGUCAAGAAGCGUUCAUGGAAAAUUAUUUUGCAUCACAACGUGACAAUAUAUUUAGGAACGUAGAGGUUUUGAUCUAUGUUUUCGACGUAGAAUCCAGAGAAUUAGAUAAAGACAUGCAUUAUUAUCAAAGUUGCUUAGAAGCAAUAUUACAAAAUAGUCCAGAAGCAAAGAUAUUCUGUUUAGUACAUAAGAUGGAUUUAGUACAAGAGGAUCAACGAGAUUUGAUAUUUAGAGAAAGAGAAGAAGAUCUGAAAAGACUUAGUUUGCCACUCGAAUGUACUUGUUUUAGAACUAGCAUAUGGGAUGAGACAUUAUAUAGGGCAUGGUCUUCAAUCGUAUAUAUGUUGAUUCCAAAUGUGAAAGAGCUUGAACAGAGUUUGAAACAAUUUACAAAUAUUAUUGAUGCCGAUGAAGUACUUUUAUUUGAAAGGGCAACAUUUUUAGUAAUCAGUUAUUGUCAAAGGCAACAUCAUAGAGAUAUACAUCGAUUUGAAAAAGUUUCUAAUAUAAUAAAACAGUUCAAACUUAGUUGCAGCAAACUAGCGGCACAAUUUCAAAGUAUGGAAGUUAGAAAUACAAAUUUUGCAGCUUUUAUCGAUGUGUUUACAUCAAAUACAUAUGUAAUGGUUAUUAUGUCGGAUCCUGCUAUCCCAUCAGCAGCAACAUUAAUCAAUAUUCGUAAUGCACGAAAACAUUUUGAGAAAUUGGAGCGUGCUAGUCAGAGUUCGGCAUUAAGUAGAUAGAAAUCAGCUCGACCCAGGCGCGUUGUCACCCGGGUCCAGGCUGUUAAUCACUAUUGAAUCUAAGAGUCACUUUAAAAGAGAAUCAUCACAAUGAAGGUGCAUGAGAACUUUCCUCUUUUAUUAAUUAAAAUAAAUCGAUAAUUUUGCUAAUGAAUAAAUAAUUUCAAUAUGUAAUUUGUGACAAAACUAUUAUUAAUACUGUCAUUUUCAAAGAAUCAUAUUGUAUUUCAGAAAGGAAUCUGAAUUUUUAGUUUAUUCUAUACAAAAUUUGAAAGAAUAUUUAAAAAUUUUGCUACGCAUGUACGUGUUAAUAAAUGAAUACAACACACACACACACACACACACACACACACACACACACACACACACACACACACACACACACACACACACACACACACACAUAC